UUUCUUUAACUGCGUAAACUAUUACGUAUACUGUUUGGGCGUGCGUGUUGGGGCUCUUGCUCGAGCAAUUUGUUGAUUUUCGAUGUGAGUUAGUUUGCUUUUUGAAAAAUGGGUUCUGUUAAAUAAUUUCUAUGUUUGUAAUGUAAUCUAAGGAUGUUUCGAAUAACUAUGACUAAAAUUCAUACUUUGUUUCUUUAAGAUUUUAAAAUAAACUGUUUUGUUUUAUCAUUGAGGUUCAGCUUAUUUUCAUCACACGAGUUUUAAUCCGGAAACUGAAUACGUGGAGCUUUGUUAACGAUUUUACAACUCUCUUUAAAGUGUAAAUAAACGUUUAGUUAAGAGUCAACGUGAGAUAAAAUGUUCCAUAAGACAAUCCUUCGUAUUUUUCAACUCGAAAUUGAAAGAGAUGUCUCAUCACAGGUUUUACAGUUCAAUGAUCAAGAUAUACACGCUUGACGUUUAAUUAAAACAAUUAAUAUCUUUAGGUGGUGUUCGAAACUCUGUUACGAACCAUUUGCGUUCUUGUGUCAGAACUCACAGGUAAUGCUGGAGUUGAUGGAUGCUAUUAUAUACGAUUAUGGGGCGAAUUAUGAGAGCUUUGAUAGUUUAGUCCACAUUUCUCCAUUUCCACCUUUCAAUUUGCCAGAUCAAGUGAAGCAAACUAUUGGCCUAUGUGUUCGCAUGAUGAAGAAUAAACUUGCACAAUGUUGCCCAGUCAUGUUGGAUGAUCUGCAUGCUACGCUGAACGAUGAUGUGUGGAAUGAAAAAAACUCGUGCGAAAUUGUUUGCCCGUUCGACUGCCUUAAAAACGCUGUGGAAGAUUGUUACCCAGAAGGUGGAGAUUUGACUCUGGGUUUAAUGAUACAUAUAUUCUACUGCAAGGAUGUAUAUGCAGCUAUUGAAGAUUGUUUUCAAAGAGUUGCAAGUGAAUUGAUGAUUUGUUGCCCGAGCGCCACUGAAGCAAUUAUAUCAAUACAUAGAGGGCAUUAUUUCCCAUGGAAUGAAACAGAACUCGGACAUUGCGACAUUCUUUGUGUCAUGCAAAAAAUCAGUCACUGUGAUAAGCAAGAUAUUAACAUGAUCCAAAAGCUAUUUAAAUAUACAAUUGACUACCUCCAAAAAGAUGUUAACAAUUAUGACCAAGGAACAAAUGUUGCACCUGUUCGUGAUUUGAGAAACAUUAACAAAUGUUUCGAAGUUAUGGAACCAAUUCUUGAAAUUUGCUGUCCUGCCAUGAAAGGAGCUGUCUACACUUUACUUAACUCAGAACCAUGGCCUUUAAUAGAUGGUCCAAACCUCAAACGUUGCAAUUACUUCUGCUAUAGACUUGCUGCUCAAAAAUGUUCUCCGGACACUGCACUAUUUGCUUCAUCUAUAAUGAAUCAGGCUGUAUCUAUACCAGCUGUAGGAUAUCAGAAGUUUACAGAAAAUUGUCACAGCAUCAUUAGUGAAGCUCUGAGUUGUUGUGAUGCAAUCGUUUUAUCAGUUUUUCAAAGAGGAUUUCCUUACAAUGAUAUCUCGCUUAACUCCAGGGAAUGUCGAUCAGUUUGUAAGAUGAGAUUGAUCAGUGACUGUCUGGCGCACUCAGAAAACUAUGAACAUCUUUCAUUUCUCAUAAAGUCUCACUUUGAUCCUUCAAAUGCGAACAUAUCAAAAGCUGCUUUAAAGUACAAAGAGGAUCUGAUGCUUUCUCCUCGAAUGCAUAAUGAUUUGAUGCGUAGAUCAAGACAAAUCGUCGAGGAGCCUGUUGAAACGGAAAAAACUGUUGUAAUACCCUUGCUGAUGAAAGAAAGAGCAAGAUCCUGCAUUUAUUUGGUUCAUAGAGAUGCCGUUGAUGCAUGCUGGCCGGGGUUUUAUGAUUUUGUUCUUUACCUUUGCAACAGAAUAAAAUUUAAACCCCUAUCUUUGCCUAUGGUUAAUGCGAAUCAGUGUCUUCAAGAUAUUUUUAAAGUCUGCUCAGUUGAAUCAAAUUUAAUAAUUAGUUCUUUAGUGGAAACUUACCUGAAUACAACUGUGCAAUUAGUUGAAGAAAACAUCCCGGAUGCACCAAGAGAUGUCAUUGAUGAGGAAACUAAACGCACGGUAGAAACAUGUUUGCAAGAAAUUGAUCCGGGAAUAUUGCAAGAUUGUAUGCCAAGUUUUCAAAGGAUCAUGACAUCAAUCUUAGAAAAUGGCCAAAGUCUUGCAAAUUUUAAACCAAAAGCUGACAGUAAGGACUGCCAAGCUGAAGUAUUUGGCGUGUGUUCCAUGCAGGCUCGAUUGCUUAUAAUGAAGAUAUUCUACCAGUUCCAAGGAAUUGUUCUUAAAAUUCCUAUAGUUUUCAAGACUUCUCAUGUCAAUGUCAUGAGGUUGAUUUCAGAGAAUGAAAAACUUCUAGUAGAUGAAUGCUUGAUGACAGUAAAUGAAGAUGAGGCUAAUGAUUGCCUUCCCGACCUGUAUCUUAUCCUUUCUGGGUUGAGUGUGGGUCUGUUUGAGAUAUCGUCUGAAAAUAAUAGCAGCUGGCAAGUAUGUUUAAAACAUGUGUUCCGUCAUUGUUCAAGACAUACUAGAUUCAUUAUAACAGACUUGAUAAAAUUUGUUACUGGCAAUACGGUUAGUAUUCAAUACGACUACAGAAAAUCUAUGAAAUCUGAACAAAUAAUAACAAUUGCGGAAAGAGAAUUAAUCACUCCAUGUUUGGCAGUUGUUGAUCAAGCUCUCUUGAAGCAAUGCGCACCCGAGUUACUUGAUGUAAUUGCUACAAUUAUGGACAAUAGGCGUCCAAGCACAAACUUGUAUCCGAUUAGAAUACUAUCAUCUAGCUGUUUUGAGCCAGCUUUUAAAAAUUGUUCUGCGGAUGCUCGCUUGAUACUGACUGAGCUUGUUUCACGUCACACGAUGACUUAUGUUAGUCUAUUGUUUGCAGUUUCUGGCAAUGGGACUAUCGAUUCUGGAAUGGUUAAUGUACUAAAUGAAUGUGUUCAAACUGUGAAUCAAGAAGUUAUAGUUGGCUGCAUCGCAGGACUUCAAGAUCUGCUUGAAAAAUUAUCAAGUGGUAUUCUGCCAUCCUCCAACCCACAGCUGAAAUUAGAAACCGAAGCUGAACCAUCAUGUCCGAAAGAGAUAUUCAGUGGCUGUAGCACCUAUCACAGAAUACUUAUUGAUGAACUGUUGAGGAAAUCACACCAUGAAUUUAAAAAUACUGUCCUCUUUGAAAUUUUUAAUCCAACUGACUUAGAUUCUGGAUUACAUGUACAUAACUUCAUAGAUGAGCAAAUACUAAAAGAAUGCUUUUCAACAUUAAAUCAGCAAAGUUUAGAAUACUGUAUUCCUGGAUUAUAUAAUGCUCUCGAAAAGUUUAUUAACUUCAGCUUAUCGGAAACAUUCUUUGCUCUGAGACCAAUCAAACGUUGGUGUUUGGAUAUGAAUUUUGCCCACUGCACAUAUCAAGCUCGGAUAUUGAUCACUGAAUUGUUUUUUGAUUUCUAUCGUUUUACUGUGGAUUUGCCUCUUGAAAAAUCUCCCGAAGGACUAUCAGCAAAUAUGGGGCCACCAUUAGAUUACGUCCAAAAAUGCAUUAUAAAUUUGGAUAAAAAUGAAGCAGAUUUAUGUUCGCCAGGAUUAUCGGUAUAUCUACGGCAAACUUUCAUAAAUAAUGAGGAAGGUUUCAAGCCAAUACUACCUGCUGGGAAAGAAAACCAGAUGAUGAAAUGUCUAACAAGAGCCCUGAAGUGCGAUCUUGAUAUUUCAGUCCAUAUUUUGAAAAGCAUUGCAGAAAUGAACAACAUCAACUUUCAUGUUCAACUAACUGAACAAAACAAUGAGUCGAAUGGCUGGCAAAUCGCUUUUACAGUAAAUCGAGUCAACGAGACAGGAUAAGAAAUUAUAAAACAAAGAUUCCAGAAAGAAGAAUAUACGAAGAACUAUGGAUUUAGUAUAUGUAUUUCAUUGGUUUGAAAGGUUUUUUUUAUUGCCUAAUGCAUUUUCGAUAUUAUGUAUUUUAUUUUUUCAUUUUAUUGAUUUUGUCAUUUUAUUUUCGAUACAGAGAUAAAGUUGAAUCUAAUUUGUACAAGCAUAAUACGUUUUAUCAGUUCGGAGUGUUUAUUAAAUAAUUUGUAAAGCAUAUUUACGCACAAUUUAGCUAUUUUGUUUCAUUGUAGAUAUUUCAUGGGUAAAAACAUGAUAAAAUAUAAUAUUAUUUGUAUCAUU